AAAGCGGAGGUAAAAUAAAUAAUAGGUAUGGAGAGGUUUAGAAAUAACGAUAUGACACAGAAUGAGGAGGUGAAAGAUGGGGCGCACGCGAUUCUUGUACGAUAGGGGGCUUCGUGGGGCGUAUGGAAACGGAUUGCAAAGAGAGAGAGAGGAUCGAUCGAAGAAGGGGCGCCCCCUCUUGUACAGGGCGCUCAUCUGCCAAAGGAAGUAGCGUGUGUUGCGAUUUCGUCUCUUCAUUCGCCGAUAGGUAGGUGGUUGUGACGGAACGCCGUUCCGGCUGUGUAGCUAGCACCCGCGUGGAUAGUCAUGACGGAUCCGCAGAUCUUGUGGUGACAGAAGAUUGCCACCAUUGUCUGGAUUCUUACGUCUUCUCAUGUUUGUGUGCAAGCUUUUCGUUGUGUUAGUGGUGCUUUAUUGCCACUGUACCGUAGCGCACCGUAUUGGCGGUGGGCACCGGUGGUAUUCAUGGGCCGCUUCCGGUCAUCUAAGGCAUCAUCGAGAACAUGUCCGUGAAUUCGGUUGUGGUUUUCAAUACUACCGCACGUUUUAUUUGGAUGCUAAAAGAGAUGUUCUCUAUGUUGGUGCUAUGGACCGUUUGUACAGGUUGAAUUUGAACAAUGUUAAUAAAAGUCGGUGUGACGUAGAUGCUUUGUUCCUAGAUCCUCAAAAUGUUGCCAACUGCGUCUCCAAAGGAAAAUCGGAGAGAUAUGAUUGUAGAAACCAUAUAAGAGUGAUACAACCUAUUGGUGAUGGCAGCAAAUUAUAUUUAUGUGGUACCAAUGCUCAUAAUCCCCGUGAUCUCGUUAUUUAUGGGAACCUAAGUUAUCUGACCCCAAAUGAACACUUUCCCGGAAUAGGGGAUGGCAUCGCUAAGUGUCCGUUUGACCCAGAUGACAACGCCACUGCAGUGUGGGUUGAGCAUGGAAAUCCAGGUGGACUUCCUGGACUGUACAGUGGGACAGUGGCCGAAUUUACCAAAGCAGAUACUGUGAUUUUUCGAACAAAUCUUUAUAAUUUGACCAGUGGUGCAAGUGUACAUCCAUUCAAAAGAACUAUUAAAUAUGAUUCUAAAUGGCUUGAUAAGCCACAUUUUGUUGGAUCAUAUGAUAUAGGUGACUAUGUAUAUUUUUUCUUCCGGGAGAGUGCUGUAGAAUACAUAAACUGUGGAAAAAAUAUUUAUUCAAGGGUAGCCAGAGUAUGCAAAAGAGAUACUGGUGGAAAAAACAUCUUAAACAAAAACUGGGCUUCCUUCUUGAAAGCAAGAUUAAAUUGUUCCAUUCCUGGAGAGUUUCCAUUUUAUUUCAAUGAAAUUCAACAUGUUUAUAAGCAUCCAGAUGAUGAAAAGAAGUUUUAUGCUGUGUUUUCAACUUCUACAAAUGGUCUGAUGGGAUCUGCUAUAUGUAGCUACAGUUUAGAUUCCAUACAAGAAGUGUUUAAUGGAAAAUUCAAAGAACAAGCCACUUCAUCCUCGGCCUGGCUGCCCGUUCUCACCAGCAAAGUGCCGGAACCCCGCCCUGGAUUAUGUGUGAAUGACACCCAGACCCUACCGGACUCUGUCCUCAAUUUUAUACGAGGUCACCCCCUCAUGGAUUCUGCUGUCUCCCAUGACAACGCAAAGCCGGUUUAUUAUAAGAGAGAUGUCAUUUUUACAUCGCUGGUUGUCGACAUGAUUGAAGUGGAGGGUGUUCAAUACACUGUUUAUUAUGCCGGUUCUACUGAAGGUUACAUCUAUAAAUUAGUGGAGUGGUAUGACAGAUUGGGAGAAGAGCAUUCUAAUUUAGUUGAUAUUUUUGAAGCUACUGUUCCUGAGACUGUUAGGGCCAUUGAGAUAUCUAGCAAGCACAAAUCAUUAUAUGUGUCUUCUGAUUAUGUUUUGCGACAAUUUGAUCUUGUUAUGUGCAAGGGAAGAUAUGCAAACUGCUUGCGGUGUAUCCAAGAUCCUUAUUGUGGUUGGGAUAAAGAACGCGGGGAAUGUAAACCUUAUGUCAAUGGGUUGUUGCAAGAUGUAACCAAUGCUACUCCUGGCACAUGUGAUAAUUGCGUGAAGAACAAACCAAUGCACGUGUUUUGGGGACAAAGUGUUCACCUCUCAUGUGCUAUCCACAUGCCAGAUAUAGAAAGCAUGGGUUUGGGUCCCCUUCGCUGGUACCACUACAGCAGAGAAAAGGGCAAAUAUGCCGUUGUGCACAGGCGUGAAAAGUAUAUCCACACUGCCGACCACGGUAUAGUCAUCUUGUCUGUUUCCGAAAGGGAUGCUGGUCGCUAUGACUGCAAGCUGGGUACGAGCACUCUCUGCAGCUUCAACAUUACUGUUGAUACAAAAACAUGCAGUGCUCCUUCAGAAGCAGAAUAUAGAAAAAUUUACUCAGAUUGGUGCCAUGAAUUUGAAAAAUAUAAAAUGGCCAUGAAAACAUGGCAAACCAAGCAAACAAAAUGCCAAUCCGUGCAUCCAAAUGAUGUUACAUAUCAAGGAGGCACACUAGUGUGAUGUGUUUAAUGUCGCAGCUAUUGUUCCAUGCCAAGCCACUGUGUUCAAGUUGCGUCCAUUCUCCUUGGCACUCUGGCAGUGUUGAGCGUCGACGUCAGCCAAUCGGGGACUGGCUUCCGACGGGUGACUCAUUGUCUCUGAUGUGUUUUUAUCAUCUUCGUCUUGUGAGACAUAGACUAAUUAGUACCUGGAUUCGUCAUCCGGCCUCUGACUUUAUAACUGUGUGUGAGUGUGGACUAUGUUUUACAUGUGUGUGUGUACUUUCCCCCCUCCCUGCCAUUAAAUUUGACUAAACUAUUAGUGCUGACUCUAGGCCUGGAUUUCAUGUCAAAUGCAACAAAAAAAAUGCCUGCAACAAAAACAAUGCCUACAGUGUUUACGAGAUACUAGGUACGCCAAUAACUAUGACUGGCAAUAAACGAUGAUAACAUCUUGUUUAGCUAAGUUAAAGCGGUGUGAUAGAACGUCAUUUGAAUUAAAGUACUAUUGAAAUAAGACAGAUUCAAUCUGAAUACUACUGAAAUAUUGUGCGAUUCAAUCGGAAUACUACUGAAAUUUUAUCUGAUUUGAUCAAAAUACUAAUGAAAUAUUUAAAGAGAAAAAAAAUUCUUCGUGAAUUUGCCUUGAAGCAGCACUAAAAAUGUGUAUUUUUGUUUUUCGGAAUAGAACUUAGAAUAAAGUUAUGGCAGGCAGGCAUGCAGAGCUUAUAAUAAUUAUUGGAAUUAAUUAACCAACUUUUCAAAGUCGACUAUAAUAAUGUAUGGCCUUGCUUGACGACUCACAGACAGGCAUAUAAUGGUUUACCAUGUACAUAAACCCUUGGUGUAAAAAAAAUUCAAGUUAAAAGAAAAAAUUGCCAUCGACAAACCCACCCGAUUAAUAUUUUUCUAAGAAAAUAAAACAUAAAAAACUUGUUUAGUGAAAGAUGUGAUCUUUUAACCGUAUCGGAGAAGAACGCUGUUGCAAGCCAAACCUUCUAUGGAAAAAAAAAACUUUUUUUGAAAAUAAUUCUAUUGUUAUUGGCUCACUGAACUAAUGGUUAGAAGAAAAUAUGUGUUAUGUGAGGGGUUUUUAAUGUAUUAUGUGUCUGACAAGUUUACAUUGACUACAUUGUUUUAAACAAAAAACACAUUGGGAUUAUCCCGUAGACCUUUUUUGGACUUUAGGAUUAUCCUGUUGCUGAUAUCAUGGCCAAAAAGUAGCUUCCGCACCAAUAACCGCAAAUUUGAUCAUAUUUAUUGUGUAAUCUUCGUCUACACGAGUUAAUUUUUUGUAGUCUCUUUAAGCAGGACAAGGAUCAUGAAUCGUUUGUUUGCGCUUUAAAAGCUAUCGAGGAUUUUUGGCCGCCAAAAUGAUUUAUAAUAAUAAAUAUGGUUAGAUUCACGAAUAAUUCCAUGUGUAAUUAUUAAAAAAGAAUUUAUUACACUUUUUUUUUUUUUACAUAUUUUUACUCUUACAUUUUUUUAUUAUUAGAUAAAUUUAAUGUGUUUAAAAUGUUUAUUUUUGAAAUUGCUUUUCGUUAUGAUGGCGCCAAAGGAUUUGCUCAUUUUCGCGAACGUUGACAGGUCGACCAGAUAAUCCCAAAGUUCACAUUGAUGAGAUAAUCCCAAAGUGUGUUAUGUUAGUUUUUUUUUUUUUUUUUAAUGUUUCAUGUGUCUGACAAGUUUGUAGACUUUUAAGAUUUUUUAUUUGUGUAUCAUUUUUUUUUGUUUGUUUCUACUUAAUAUAACAUGCCAAUCCAUUUUCACCUUUUUGUAUUUAAUAAACUCCAUUCUAGUGUGUAUGCUAUAGAUAUCAUAAAUCCCUUUUUUUUCUUCCUCGUGUAACUGUCAUGUGACUUCAUUCCAUGAGCAAUAAGAAUUUUUUUUUAUACAUCAACUUGUUUUCAUGUUACCUAAUUACAUAGUUAGUAUAGGUUCUUAAAAUCAUCUACAAGUGCUCAAUUUUUAUUUUCAAAAUGCCCAAUUACAGCAUUAGUAUGGAUUUUUUUUAAAAAUUUGUCCUUUAAAUUUUAAAAUAGUUCCAUAGUGGUUUUAUUUCUAGCAUUUUACUGAAAAAUUAUGUCUUAUCUGCUAUUGUAAAAAUGUAGAUAAUAUGAAGGUUAAGUUUAAAUAGUUUUAUUCCUUUCGUUUUAUUAUAAAAUCCUAAAUUAAUACCCAGGUUUUCAGUAAAUUUUUUAGAAUUUAAUUAAAGUUUAUGACAAACAAAAACAAAUCAGAAAAUAACAAAACCUUGAUUUAAAUGUAUCUUUCAUAUGAUCAAUAUAUAAUUAGUACCUAAGAAUUUAUUGGUAACUAUUGAAAAAUUCCCUUAACAGUUAUGAGCAUUUUUUAAAUCUUAAAAUAUAAUGAUGGUUGUAAAAAAAAAUAUCUAUCUAGCUAAAAAGUCAUUGUAAUAAUUUCCUUUUUUUAAAUUUUUAAUGCCCUUUUUAACAUAUAAUCAUUUAAAUAUGCCGAAAAGAAUGUUUGAUACAUUAAUACUGUGUUUAAAUAAGAAUUAAAUAUUGGGAACUCUAAAAUAUUUUUGCUGAAAAAAAAAUUCAAAACGUGUUUGCUUUAAAUCAUGCCUAUAGUGGAAGCAAUUACGAAAGGAAAAAAUUAAAUAAAACUUCUUGUGGCAGCUUUAUUAGUUAUAGUAAAUCGCAAAAUUUCUUUACUUAGCUAGUAUUUAUUGCAACUGGUAUUAUGUUCUAGUUUAUGGCAGCUGAAAAGAAGCAUAAUUUAAAGAUUUGUUACAUAUUUAUCAUACAGUAGCUACUCAUUGUAUUGUGUCUCAUUAUUAUACGGUAACUCAUAUUGUGCACUUAUUUUUAUAUCAUACAAUAACUCCUUAUGUGCAUUUAUAUUUAUUGUUUCUAUAUUCAUAAGAAUGCAAAGAAAAAAAGAAUUGAAAUUGACAUUUUUUAUGAGUUUAUUUUAAGGUUUAAAAUCUUCUUUCACGCUUUAGGACAUUGUGAAUCUAAAAAUAUUAUUAUUUAUUUCUUUUUCUUCUAAAGAUUGCCAAUGAAAAAAGUAAUACUAAAAACAGGUUUUUUAAUCCGUAAAGAUUAAUUUUUGAUAUUUUUCUAAAUAUAGAAUGUGAAAAAAGAAUCAAUAAAAGAUGAGGCAUUGCUUAUCACUAUUCUUAACAAAUUUCUCAAAACAAACCUCGUUCUUUGAUGUUUUUGGUCUUUUACAAUAAACAUCCAAUGCUUUAGGUCUGUCAAGCUUAUUAUCAAUUUUUUUUUUCUUGUUUCCCGCAGAUAUGCAAUAUAAGAAAGUAUUACUGUAUCUCAAAUUUUACUUAAAUUUGAAUCUUUUUUUUUUCCUGCAAGAGAAAAUUAAAAAAUUUAAUUAAUUUUUUUUUUUAAAGUUUUGACUUAUAGAUUACAUCUUUUAUACUUGUAUGAAAGCUUUAAUGUGGAUCUCAUGAAUACAGAAGUAUUGUGGGAAGUGUGCUCCCGACCUUCGAAACCAAUUGAAUCAGAAAAGGAAAGUUUAGACGAGUGUUGUGUAUCUUUCUCCACUUACUAUUUUCAUAUUAACGCCUUAUAUUUAUCCUCUUAUUAACCCUUUUGCAGCAUUAAAAUUUAAGUAUGAAAAGCAGUUUACCUUAAUGUGGACAUAUUAAGAUGUGACAGCAUUAUGAGUUUAAAGUUUUCCAGAAAUCUGCUGGGACAGUAUGUCCCAAUCGUCUUGAAUAUUGUGAAAAUACCUAUAUAUUGCAUGGGAAUAAAUAAUAAAAAUGCAUCAAAUUAUUUAUUCUGAAAAAUUGAGAUCUGUUUAUCCAUUAGAGAAUAAAGUUUAGUCUUUGGGACGUAUAUGCCAUUUGGGUCCAAAGGGUUAAAAAAAGACUUUAAGAGACUUUAAUCAAGUGGGGACUUGUGAUUUAUUCAAUUCUGCAUGUUUAAACUAUUCCGUAUUCUUUAUGUUGAACGCGACAAGCAUAAUAAAAAUACUGAAAAAUUUUAAAUAAAAUAUUAAUUUAACUUGUUUUGGACUAAAAUAUUUUAGAAAACUAGCAUACAGUUUUCUUUUCUAUUGAAAAUUUCAGCCUUUUAGUCAAAAUGUUUCUUCAAGUGUUAAUUGAAAAAAAUUUAGAAAAUAAUUUUAAUUAAAGCAUAUUUUAAACAGAGAACGCCAUGUUUUAGAUAGUCUUAUACUGUAUGAAGUAAUGUACACAAAGUCUCAAAUUUGAAUUGUAUUAUUUUAUGGCUCUCGGAAUGUUUUUACCCAAAUUUUUCACCAUUUCAAUUAUAUGUUUUUCUACAUAUCAAACUGGUUCCCUAUGUUAAUCCAUAUAAAGAGGUUUAUAAAGAGAAAAAUUCUUGAAUUAAAUAAAUUUUGAAUUAUUAAUAUGAUUAACUAGUAAAUUUUUAUCAUUUAAUUUUGUGCAUUUUUAUUUUAAACUUUCAGUAUUUUAAAUGUGCAAUUCCAUAAAAUUUUAUUCAAAUGAGUAUUAUUACUUUAAAAAACUAAUUUUUUUAAUUCAUGAGUUAAAAACAUUUAAUGUUGCAGUCUUUUUUAUUAAUUUUUUCCUCAUAAGAAUUAAUUGGUUGGUUGUCUUUCAGAUUUAAAAAUGUAAUUUAAAUUUUGGUAAUGAUAAUGUUUUAAUAAAUGUGGUUUAAAAAUUAUAAAUUACUAUUUAUAUAGUAUGUUAAUGCCUAGCAUGUAACAUGUUAAAUGUCAUAUUGCAAUAACUUUUUUUUGUCUGUGUGUGGCAUUUAUAUUUAUAUCUAAACACUUUUUUUUUAAUGUGACACGUUAACGUUUCAUUUUUAAAUUAUUCAUUGAUUUGGGUACUAAUAACAUCUAAUGAAAUAGUUGUGUAAUAUAGAAAAAUCCUAACGAAAAAAUUAUUUAGGUCUAAAGUCAUCUUAGUGUUAUAUUAACCAUAAGCCAAAAUUUUUAUAAAUUGGUUGAAUUUGCCAAACGAAUUAUAUGAUACUUUGUCGAAAAUUGAUACUAAUACUGAAAUCAUUCAAUAAAAAUACCAGGAUUUUUUAAAAUACUUACAUUUAAUGAUACUUUGCCAAAACUUAAGCAGCUUUUACAAUUUAAUUUUUACAAAUAUAAAUACAUUAUGCAACAGUUAUCUAUAGUGUCUAGUCACUAUUGGAUUCAAAUUUUUUUUUCCCUCAAAUGUUGCCCUUUUCUUAAAAAAAAAAAUAUUGUCCCAUAUGUUUUUGAAAAAAGAACAUAUUUGUAGGUCUGUAUAUAAAUUAAAAACUGCUUCAUUUUUAAGUAUAAAUCAAAACUUGUUCAAAAAAGAUAUGUCAUCCAAGCCAGGAUAAUUUUUGAGGGGUAAUUUAAAAUAUUGUACAUAUUUACUGUUUAUAUAUGCUUAAAUAAACUUCAUGUUGACGUAUUGUA